AUGUCGUCUUCUAUCAAGCUUGAUGGCCCGCUGUCUGAGAUGCAACAGGCCGAUGCCCGGAUGCUGAUUUAUGCUAGCCUGUGUCACGAGGGAAAGAUCGACAUGGACAAGCUCGCCGGUCUCCUUGGUAUUAAAAAAUCCUCAGCUACCACCAAUUACUAUCGCGCCAGGGGUCGCCUGCAAGCCAUGCUUGGUAAAGGAUCUUCUACCAAGAUCGUCACUUCCAAGCCCGAGGCUGUUAUCAAGUCUGAGGCUGAUAUCAAGUCUGAGGAUCCUAUCACGUCUGAGAAUCCUACCAAGUCUGAGGAUCCUAUCAAGUCUGAGGAUCCUAUCAAGUCUGAGGAUCCUAUCAAGUCUGAGGAUGCUUCCAAGCCUGAGGCCGCCGACGCUGGUGCCCCAGCCAAGAAAUCGCGUACUCGCAAGCGUCCCGUAGCCAAAGAUACCCCCAACAAGAGCGACAGCCCUCCCAAGAGACGCAACGCUACCCCCAAGGCUGCGUCUGAGCCGACUGGGGAGUCUGCUCGGACCGAGAAGACCAGCGACACGGCAAACCUGGCCGAGUAG